GCAGGCGGUAUGCAUGGGAACCGACUAUGUGGCCCCUUCCACCUCAGCAGGGCCCAAUCUGCACACCAGAGGGGUACAUCCCCGGGACUAGCGCCGCCAGGACUCGGAAGCAGCGGGAGACACCCCUGCAGGUCCUUGUGACGAAUGCCUGGAGUUCCUGUCUCAGAAUGGGGUCGUCUCCCUUGAGCCGCCCAAGGAUAACAUGGAGAAGCUCAGCCACCUGGGACUGUCCUUCAUGUUCAGAGGGGGCAGCUUGGUGCUAUGGGACAAGGACGAUGACAAGGAGGCCAGCCAGGUAUCCCCAAAACCGAAAAAGUCUCGACAACAAGUGGACGACGAGCGUUCUGCCAAUCCAGGGGCCACCACUUCAGCGGAGAGUCCAAAGGCCGAGGUCCCUGCUGCCCAAGCUGGCCACGUCUCCACCUCUGUCAAAGACCUCUCGGCCCUGUUUGCCAAGACCACCACCUCCCAGGAGCAGGGCGUUGGGACCCCCGCAGCAUCAGCUGCUGCUCAGGCAACCCUUCAAAGUGCUGCGAAUGACGACGGGCCCCCGCUGCGACUGACUACGCCAGCCGACGACUCUCCGUCUGCCAAAGACGACGUGGCUCAAGUGCAUCCAGAGGAGCUCGUCGACGAGGAAGCCAAGGCCACUGGCGGCAAGGACACUGCGCACCCGGCUGGAGCUGACGCAAGCAGCGGUGUCAAGGAGGUGGCGGGGAACAAGCGUCCAAACACAGGUCGUUUGGAGGAUGUUAACAAAACUCCGGUCGACACGGUGCGCUCAGGACGCGCUUCUCCGCCGCAAGGCGUCGAGCCCGACGGCGUUGUUCUCUCCGACCCCACGGACACCAAGGAGAAGGGCGUGUUGGAGACCCCUGGCGACGCCACUGAGAGGGAGGCCCCUGCGGCUGACGUCAGCGGUGGCGCGCAACCACACGGAGCGAGCGAGCCCCGAGUCACGACCGGUGUGACGGGAAUCGCCGCUCCGCCGCAAGGUGUCGAGCCAGCUGGCGCGUUCCUGUCUGCCGGCGACGUCACUGCUGAGGGACCCCCGACGGCUGCAGGAGAGGAGGCGGAGGACGCCGCUGACGGGAACGUGGGGCACGGUACGAGAGGCGACGUCAGCAGAACGGCGCAGGCAGUGAACGAGAACGAGGAGACGAAGGAGGACGAGGGCGUUCUAUCAGACAAGGUCCAGGGAGUCGGCAGCUAUGAGGACCGCACUCCCCCCGGCCAGGAUGUUGACGUCACCCCGCCGCCGGAGCCGGUUCAUGAGGGCGAGCCCGACGCACGCAUGGCCGCCGCCCGCGACCGUCUCGACCUGGCGAACGAGAUCCUGACAAUGGAGACGGUCGACCUCCUGGACGCACUGCUGGAGCUGAGCGGGGGGGUGCUCAAAGGCGAAGCCCCCGCGCUGUCCGUGCUCGAAGCUAAGCGGCAGGCGGGGACGCUCCCGUCGGAUGGGGGCGGCGUCCUGGAGCGCAUCGUCUCGGCCUACAAGACGAAGACCGGCAACCCGGCUGGAAAGCAAGUCUUCAAGAAUAUCCGAGACUGGGAAGCCGCCCGUGAUGCUGUGCUGGAGGCCGACUUCGCGCUCCUGCAGACGGAGGAGAAGCCGGCAGAACCGAAGGACGGAGAGCGCAGGGAAGGACGGGGGACAGUGGAAGGGGGAGGAAUGGAGCGCCAGAUUACGGCUGGUCAAGGCGGGCAGAUCGCGGCUGUUGAAGAAGAUGUACAUACAGGAGAAAAAAGUACUGGCAACGGGCUGACCGGUGGCGGGGCGGAUGACGAGCAGGGGGACGAGAACAAGGAGAAUGAGACCGGCUUCGAGCCAGAGAGCGAUUCUGCGGAAGCAAACAGGCGUGGUAUUUUAACAGAAAAUGGCCAAGAUGAGGGAGAAGGCGUUGGCCAGGACGGAGAGAGGAACGCGAGACGGACGGGAACCAAGUCCGGUGGAGGGCAGCGGCGGACCGUGGAGCUGAACGAGAUCGACGGCGCGAAGGGCGUCAGCGAAGAAAGCGACGCGGGAGCCGAGAGGGACGAGAGCUCCGUGGAAGCGGCCGCCGUCGGCGGCAGGGUGUCCAUGAUCCCGCAGGCGCCUCACCUCCGAUCCCAGACUCCUGCGAGCUGUGACUACGUGACGGUCCGCGGCAGAGGGUCCGGGGUGGGCGACGCGGCGUCGCAGCGCCUGACGCGGAGCCGGAGCGUCAGCCCGGGCCGGCCCCCGCGCUACGGGGAACGCCGGCGGACGCAGAGCGCAAGCGGCAUCGCAACGCCUGCCAAUCCCGGCUACGUCAGCUCCGCCGGAUUGCUCCACGAAUCUAACGCAACGGUACAAGCCACCGCAACCCCCUCCACGUUUUGCACCCCCACCUCCGAUGAGCAGGCCCCUCUGAAGAACUGGGUGGAGAAGCCGGCCGGCUGCGCAUUUGUGGUGGGCGGGGGCGGGCUGGCUUUGGCAACCGGCGGCCAAAGCACGGCGACGGCGGCAGCAAAUGCGAAUGGGACGGGGACAAUCAGCACGGCGGAGAAGUCCGCUACCAAGAAGGGCAGCAAGGCGUUCACCGAGUGCGAGGUGCGCGCCGUCGUGACGACCAGUUUGGCCAGCGCGGGGCCGGUAGUUGCAGCGGCGGGGGGCCAGAGCGAGCGGGUGCGCACCACGGCGCGACAGGAGACGGCGGCAGCGGAGCAGGAGGCGGCGGCGAGAGAGCAGGCGGCAGCCGCGAAAGAGCAGCAGGCCGUGGCAGCUGGAGCGGAUCCGUCCCCCGGAGUCUGGGCGGAAGUUCUCGCAUCUCUCUUGGGUGAAGAAGACACCGACCCCAAGUCGCGGCUGGACGGGGCGUCAAAGCCCGUCGGCGUCCACAACGCGGACGUCGUGGAGGAUGAGAGCGUGGCGGCGGCUGUGGGACUGCUGCGCCUGGCGUCAGCGGUGCCAGAGGAGGAGGACUUCGAGACCAUCCUGGAACCGGGGGACGAUGCAGGGUCGUGGUUGUGCGACGGGAAGGAAGCAGCGGAUGCAGAGGGGGCCGCCGAGAAUGGGGAGUUGGUUGAAAGCCAGAUUGCGGGGGUCGCGGAGCGUUGGCUCCAAGAGUAAGCGUGCUGUGUAUGUGCAAUUGCGUUGAUGCUUAAAGCUGAGAAACUUCUGAUCGAAUUAAAUGUUCUACAAAGAAUUCAGUGGUUCAUAUAGGUGUACUGUGCACGCGAACGUGAUGAUCUCUAGAUUGAGCCGAGAACUGUACCAUGACUAAACAGGUGUCCUUGGUCGGUGACUACAAGGGACUUAAAGGCAGAGUGACAUAAGUGUACUGAGCACGCGAGCAGAUCGACUUUCAAACUGAGAUGAGAACUGUAUCAUAGUUGAGCGAAGUGUCCUACAGUCGGUGACUGGCAACCGGCCUUACUGUAAUCAAUUACAUGCGGCGACCAAGAUAACGCAGGACGAAAUCUCUUUUGACGCAAUACGGCAUAUAGAUUCUUAAAAGAGAGCUAAUCCGACGGGAGGUGUAGGAUAACUUUUUACUGCUGGUAUGAUUCUGUAGUAUAGAAUGGCAACGCUGGUUACUGAUUAAGCAGCACGUCGGAGGUUUCCUUGCACACUCCAUUUGGCUUCAUAAAGAUAUUGUCGAGCAGGAGCAACCAUCGGCUGUUCGAUAUUCCCAA